CUUCUUGUUUGGCUUUAGAGAUGAACCAGUGUGUACCCAGCUGGGAUCUAGAAAAUUCCCUUCCUCAUCAAAACCUUGCUCUUUCCUCUCACUCUAACUCCAAUAAUUCCUUUGUAACUGAUGUCCCCUGGUUGGAUUAUGAAGUAGCAGAGCUAACGUGGGAAAACGGGCAGCUAGGAAUGCAUGGUUUAGGUCCUCCACGCAUGCCUAAUAAUAAUAAGCCUUUAUUCAAUUCUUAUACAUGGGAUAAUAAGGCACAUGUUGGCGGCACCCUUGAAUCCAUAGUCAACCAAGCCAUUGGCAUCCCUCAUGAUCAUCGGAAGUCCGCCGUAGACGGAGGUGGAGAUAGAGAGGAAGAUCUAGUCCAUUGCUUCGACAAAUGUCUUGUUAACACUCAGGCAAGCACGGCCACAGUCAGUGUGGCCAUGGAUGCCUUGGUGCCAAGUUUUGCACACCCCCAAAAUUUUCACCAAGGUGAGCAACUACCCACACACGUGCCGGGGAUCACCACGUGCUUAAUUGGCGACUCCACGCACGUGAUAUCACGCAGCGGUGACGUCAACAGAACGGAUGGGGAGAUGUCGCGUGCGAAAAUAGGAGCUUCCAGCUAUGAGGAGAUAUCAAAAGACUUGGAGAUCACCGAGUAUUUUGGAAAGCAAGAGGUUAAGAACUUGAUCAACGAGAGACACAUCGAUGCAGUACUGUUAAGAAGCAUGGCUGACCCGAGCAUGAGCCGGAGAGACACAAUUGACACGGGCGAGAGGGAUUUGGUUGCGGAAAGGUUCACAUCUACAUCUGUGAUGUCGACUGAAAACACAAGCUCCGUUAAGAAAUGCACUAGUAAAAGGGUGGACGAACAUGACUCUGUUUGUCACAGUAGAUCUCACAGGCAGGAGACAGGAGAUGGGGAUGAUAAGAGAAAAGGAUCUAAGAUUUCCUCAUUUUCAACAAAGAGGAGUUUGUCUGCUGUUACUCACAACCAAUCUGAACGAAAAAGGAGAGACAAGAUAAACCAAAGGAUGAAGACAUUGCAGAAGUUGGUUCCAAAUUCGAGUAAGACUAACAAGGCAUCGAUGUUGGAUGAAGUGAUAGAAUAUUUGAAGCAACUACAAGCUCAAGUUCAAGCAAUGAGCGGGAUGAAUAACAAUAUGUCUCCAAUGUUGGCAAAUAUGGCAGUGCUGCAGCAGCAACAACAGCUUCAAAUGGCAUCCAUGGGAAUGGGAAUGGCUGGAUUCAUGCAUAUCAAUGGCGCCCUUAUAAGCCGCCCCAACAUUACUGCAAUGCCAAUGCCUUCACUUCUACAUCCCACUGCCUCUAAUUUCAUGCCUAUUGCCUCUGGGGUUAGCCCCGGAGAUCGUAAUAUAAAUGCCGCUUCUCUUGUCCCGGAUCCAUUAGCUGCCUUCCCUACUUGCCAAUCACAGCCAAUGAACAUGGAUGCUUAUAGCAGGAUAGCAGCGUUGUACCAGCAAUAUUUACAGCCCCCUGCGAACCUUGGCUUCAAAAAUUGAGAUAGAGCAGUGUUUCUAAAGUUUGCAAACUUUGGUUGAGCAAUUCGAAUUGCCAGCAUAUUUCAAGUCUAUGGCAACUUGGCCUAUUGUAAAAAGCUUAUUUUAACAUUUGAAUCUGAUGUUCCUGAAACGUGC